CGCUCUUUGGCCGUGGGCUCGAAGUUGCCGUCGCCGCCGCUGCCGUCAUCGUCGGCGCUGCUGUCAUUGCAUAAACUCGCACCCCCGCCCGUUUGGGUGCCUUCAGAACAUCGCACGCAGGGCUGACUAAACAGAACGACAACCCCCAUGGACACACAUCUUCACACGCUAUCAGCCAACAGGCUAUCUCAUUCAAUCUUCACGGCGAAGGUCGUGCACUUCCCUCUGACUUUUGUUUCACAUGCACUGUACCUCGUCGUUUGUUGUGCCUCUAUCUCUACUGUGCAGGAUCUCCAGGCACGCCUCGCUUCCUGCGGACACCUAGUGGUGGCUCUCUGUCGCUCCUUUAUACCGUCGUUACUCGUAUAUACUAAUCUCGUGGACAAUACUAAUACGGACGGCCGUGUGCCGGCUACUGCUACGUCGCCGCCUCAUAAGUCUAUCGGGGAUCAGAGAUGGACUGAAUCUUUAGGUAGGGAAGUAUGCGUACGUGUACAUAAUGUUAUACUUCAGCUUGUCCAGUCCCGAUUGUGCUGAAUACUGUCCGCCCACGGAGUUCCUCACAAGAUGCAAUGUUGAC